CUUCGAAGUCAAUGAAAUACCUAUUUGACGGUUCAUUUUUCUCAAAAUUAUGACACAAAUUAUUUGUAACAGAUUUGACACUUGGUUGCCUUAGAAAAUUGAUCAAAUAAAUUGAGUUCAUGAAACUAUACACAUGCAAGGACACAAGGCACAAGUGAAAAUGAUGUUUCGAAUGCAUUUUCUACUACUGGAAGUGCAUUAUUCUUGAUUUAACCUUUUUUUUAAAAAAAAAAGCGUGAUAUAAACGAAAAAAAAAACGUGAGAAAAUCGAGGGUGAAUUUGGCGAACAGUGAUAAAAACGACUGUUGAUAAAAGCGAAAAAGCACUGUAUAUGCAUUUUUUCUGAUAGUCAAGCAGCCUUGAAUGCUUUGAAAUCUGUUACUUGCACAACAAAAUUAGUUUGGGAAUAUAUUAGAAUGCUUCAGCAACUAGCUACACGUCACAAGGUGAACCUUCACUGGGUUCCUGGACACUGUGGCAUCGAAGGAAAUGAAAAGGCGGACGAACUAGCAAGAGCUGGAUCAGCCACGACACUUAUCGGUCCUGAACCAUUCUGUGGGGUUUCUUUUAGCCCACUAAAGAUGGAGCUAUCAGAAUGGGAAAAAGGUCAGGUGCUGCUGAACUGGGAUAGCACUACAAUAGCUCGUCACGCAAAACGAUACAUCAAGCCCAACGCUUCGACUGCACAAAAAUUGUUGAACCUUUCAAAGGAUCUUAGUACUUAUACUGGACUGAUCACUGGUCACUGUCCGAGUAAAUAUUAUCUCAAGCUAAUAGGAAGGCUUGAAAACGACAAUUGUCGCUUCUGUCGCACAGAGAGUGAAAGUGCUCAUCAUUUGCUGUGUGAAUGCCCAGCAAUAUUCACCAAACGGCGCAAAUUUCUUGAUAAGGGACUUCUAGAACCUUGGGAAAUAUGGGCUAGUUCUCCGAACAAUGUUUUAAAUUUUAUUCGUUACAUAAUACCACAUUGGGACAAUGCCUUCAAUCACGAUAGUGACUAUUAAAACAUAUAAUAGUCGUCUAUACAAGAAAAGGCGUAAAGCAAAAGAGGACACACCACAAUAGAUCUAAGUACUGGUCGCAGUGGUAUAAUGUCCCCAACAAGGAAAAAAAAUGCUAUUACUUGUAAGAUAAUUUACAUGUUUCGAGAAAUAUGCUUAAAAACAUUUUUUAUCACGUUUUUUUAUGUAACUUUUGAACCACAAGUGUAAUCUGCGUGAAUUUUAUUAGUUGAGAGUUUAAAAUGUAGCCCGUUUUUUAUACUAAUUGUGUCCAAAUCGGUUACGUUGUCUCUGAGAUAUUGGAGUUCCGUGAUUUUUCAAAUUUUUAAACAUAGAGUCUGAACUAAAAGUCCGAUUACUAUGAAAUCUUUCUUUUGGCACCGAGACUGUGAGAAUCGGUUCAGCCAUUUCUGAAAAAAUUGAGUGAGUUUAGAAAGUUAUACAUACAUGCACACACGCAUACUGAAAAUGCUCAGCUCUUCAAACUGAGUCGAGUGGUACAUCAAGUUUACACAAAAAAAUCU